UUACUUCCGGUCUGAUUUAAUGGCCGAGUUCGGCUGUUGAGAAAUUUUUGGGCAAAUUCUCCUGAUUUUGCUUCAGGAAUACAGAAAUACAUUUAUAAGAAAGUAUAACACAGCAUUCCGAGUUGGGUUUGUUCUCCGACGGCGAUAUUUUGUUUUACGUUUAACAGAAAAGGUUUCCAACAGAUUCGGAACCCAAUUAAAAACCCCGAAACAAACUCAUUAACAAAUUACAAUAACAUCACAAAAACAAAAACCUUCCAACUUGUUGUUGAACGAUUUUUGAAACAAAGAAAACCUGUGGUAAACACAAUGAGUUUGGGGAAUGAUAAACAAAUGGAAACCACCAAAGAGGAAUGGAUGGAGAAGUUGAACAAUUUACACAUCACCAGAGCUGAUAUGAACAGAUUGAUUAUGAAUUAUUUGGUCACAGAGGGUUUUAAAGAAGCUGCCGAAAAAUUCCGAGUGGAAUCCGGGAUUCAGCCUUCAGUGGAUUUGGAUCAGCUGGAUGAGAGGAUUAAGAUUCGAGAUGCUAUACAGAAUGGUCGUAUCCAAGAAGCCAUUUCACUUGUUAAUAGUCUCCAUCCAGAGUUGUUAGACAAUGAUCGUUAUCUCUAUUUUCACCUGCAGCAACAACACCUCAUUGAACUGAUCCGUGACAAAGACGUGGAAGCGGUCCUAGAAUAUGCCCAAAACCAUCUGGCAGAACGUGGAGAAGAGAAUCCAGAAAUCUUAUCAGAAUUAGAAAGGACUUUAGCUCUUCUGGCAUUUGAAGACCCAGAGAAUUCUCCAUUCGGAGAGUUACUCCAUCCGUCUCAAAGACAAAAGGUUGCCAGUGAGCUUAACGCUGCCAUUUUGGAUGUUGAUUCCACCCCUAAACUUGCAAAUCUUCUCAAGUUAUUGUUAUGGGCCCAAGAGGAAUUAGACAAGAAGAAAGUGAAAUAUCCGAAACUGGUUGAUUUGGCCAAAGGAGAGAUUGACUUCCCAAAAUAAUUGAUUUCUUGGGGGUUUCUUUUUUUUUGUUUGGUCUAUCCAGGAAAAAAAAGAAAGAAAGAAAGAAACGACUAUCUGAAUAAACUGAUAUUUAGAAGAACUAAUUUUGGGGGCAUCGAGUGAGACCCAAUCAGUUGGAAGUUGGCGGGCUUUACCAUUUGUUUCCAAACCAGAUUUGGUAAAUAUUUAUGGUUUAUUGUAUAUUGACAUUUCUUUAAAUAUUUGUUGCUAUGACAACAGCAAAUUUCAGUUGUUUUCUAAUAAGGACUUCUGGAAACUUUAACUGCACACUUCAUGUGACUCUCUUUUCACCCAUCAAACAAUAAAAAAAGUUUUUUUUUUGUUAUUUAACUUAUUUUAAA